GCGUUUCGGUAGAAAUACGAAGCGCGCUAGAUUUAAAUUGUGUUGAAUUUCAACUGAGAUAACUUUAAUUUUAUUAUUGCUUGACGAAUAUUUUACUACAGAAUUCUUUAUUUAUACGUUAAUUUCAAUAAUAAAUUUCAGACAAGUCUUUUUGCAGGUAUGACACUUUUAUGGCCCUGCUUUUGUGGUUGGCAGUCGUGUUUGGUAUGUGACAUAUGUCAUCUACUAUUUGUAAUCCAUGGAUUGUUUAUAUAAAGUUUAUAGUGUUUAAAUUUCAAUCGAGUGCACAAGAUCAUCAAUUAAUGUGGUUCCGCCACAAGUGAACCCAUUUCGUAGAAUUUAGUAUAGAUCUCUCUAACUUUGAUAACCUAACCUCAACUAUGAGUGGGUUUAAUUAUUCUGGUUUUCAAAUGAACCAAAAACGCCACAACGCUGUGCCCCCGCCGCCUCUAACCGGGGUGAGCAAGCAGGGGUACUCGACAAUGAACGCAAUUAGUCAAAAUGCUCUGUCGGCGGCAUGGGGCGGCAGUCGUAAACGCGCCGCCACAGAGGAUGAGUACUUUGAAGACGACGAUGAAGAAGCUGUACCUGAUUUGGCCUACAUACCGGCUCCUGGAAGUCCGACACGGGUGGAAGUGAAGAAAAAACAAGAAGUCGUGGCUGACGAAGACGACGACGAUCCGCUGGAUGCUUACAUGGCCGGAAUUGAACAACAAAUGCAGAAAGAGAAACAAGGGACUUCAUCUCAACCAAGCGGUAUUCGGAAUGAUCUCGAAGAAGAAGACGUCGAAGAAUCGUAUUAUCGCUACAUGGAAGAAAAUCCGAAUGCGGGACUAGCACCAGUGGAUGACGAAAACCCGGAUCUAGAGUAUGAUGAAGAUGGAAAUCCUAUUCCUCCAGAUAAGAAAAAAAUUAUUGAUCCUCUUCCACCAAUUGAUCAUUCAAUUAUUGAAUACAAACCAUUUGAGAAAGAAUUCUAUAGUGAACACCCGGAAAUCACAAAUUUAACGAACAAACAAGUCGCGGAGUUGCGCAAGACUUUUGAUAUUACAGUCUCUGGAACAAAUGCACCUAAACCGAUUUCGUCUUUUGCGCACUUUAAUUUUGAUGAGAAACUCUUGAAAACUAUUAUAAAAGCUGAAUAUACGUCUCCAACCCCAAUUCAAGCUCAAGCGGUACCGUGUGCCCUUCAAGGGCGCGACGUUUUAGGGAUUGCUCAAACCGGAAGCGGUAAAACUGCUGCGUUUCUAUGGCCUCUUUUGAUACACGUGUCUGCGCAACCCUCUGUCGUCACAGGAGAAGGACCGGCUGCUUUGAUCCUAGCCCCAACCAGAGAAUUAGCUAUACAAAUUUAUAACGAAGCAAAGAAGUUUGCCAGAGUUUAUGAUUUAACAGUAGUGUGUGCGUAUGGUGGAGGUUCUAAAUGGGAGCAAAGUCUUGCUUUGAAAGAAGGCGCUGACAUUGUGGUGGCUACGCCUGGUCGAAUAAUCGAUCAUGUUAAAGGGGGCGCCACAAACUUACAAAGGGUCACGUUCUUGGUGUUAGAUGAAGCUGACCGAAUGUUUGAAUUAGGGUUUGAGCCACAAGUUAGGUCCGUUUGCAAUCACGUGAGGCCUGACAGGCAAACACUACUAUUCAGUGCUACCUUUAGAAAAAGAAUCGAGAAAUUAGCAAAAGACGCUUUAAUUGACCCAGUACGGAUCUCACAAGGAAUUACUGGACAAGCUAAUGAAGAUGUUACUCAAAAAGUUUUGUUGAUGGAAAAUCAACAGUUGAAAAGAGACUGGUUAUUCAACAAUUUGGUUGAAUUGUUAUCCGCAGGAUCCAUUUUAGUAUUCGUCACAAAAAAAGUAGAUGCUGAGCAGCUCGCCAACGACUUAAAAGUAAAAGAAUUUGACUGUUUGCUCUUACAUGGAGAUAUAGAACAAGCCGAACGUAAUAAAGUUAUCACGGCUUUUAAAAAGAAGGAAUGUGGGUUGCUGGUGGCUACGGACGUCGCCGCGCGUGGUUUAGAUAUCCCCCAUAUUCGCACUGUAAUAAAUUAUGAUAUAGCUCGUGAUAUAGACACCCAUACCCAUCGAAUUGGACGAACUGGACGUGCUGGUCAGCAGGGUACAGCGUUUACUUUGAUAACACCAAGAGAUAAAGAAUUUGUGGGUCAUAUCGUGAAGAAUCUUGAAGCGGCACAUCAAGAUGUACCCCAGGAAGUGCUCGAUUUAGCACUACAGAGUUCUUGGUAUAGGAAACAAAGGUAUAAGAGUAAAGGUGGCAAUCCGAAUGUGGGCGGAGUUGGAUUGGGUUUCAAAGAAAAAGUCGGUGGUGGGGGUGGUGGAGGAGGAGGGGGAGGCGGAGCUCCAAGAGGUUUUGUUUCCGCCGAAUCACCAAGUCAGCCCAGUACACAGACAAGAGGACCUGCCACUGAUAGGUUAUCAGCAAUGAAGGCGGCGUUUAAAACCCAGUAUAUGAAUCAGUUUACGGCCAGUUCGGAACCGGCGUCACAGAUGCAUCAGCCGACGUCCGCACCUUCCACGCGGAAGAAGAGUAGGUGGCAGUGAAACAUCCAUGUGUAUAGUGUUUUAUUUACAGAUAUAUAUUGUAGUAGGUGUACAAUAUUUUUUCUUUUUUUGUUGUAAUUUUAUGAUGUAAUGUCCAGUUGAAAAAAAACCGUUUAUGCAUGAAGAUUACUUUGGAAUUGAUUUGUGUUGACUAGCCAAAAUAAAUCAUCUAAACCAGGAA